AGGCAGAGAAGAUGACGAUGAUGAUGAGGCCGAGAGAAUGCGCAUUGUUUUUGGAUCCUUCGUAAAAAAAAAAAAAAAGAUUGCGACAGUUGGACGCCAUACCCAGAGUCAUUAAACUCGCCACCGAUCCUUUUGCCUUUAUUUUCCUCUUCCAAACAGAUAUGGAUUCGAAUUCGGCAACAAAAGGGGGAAAAAAGGUUGGCAAUGGUCGGUUAGGGUUUUGAAUUUCUUUAUUCAGCAAUGUAAGGCUUGAAACUCGCGACUGUAAAGUGACAGUCUUCUUCCUCGAACUCUCUCUCCUUCUCUCUCUCUCACACACUCUCGUUGCUUUUCAGCAGACUAAACUGAGAAUCUCACUCAGUGGGACGGUUCCAGAGAUUUCCACACGCGAUGGCGGAGGUGAGAGGAGGUCGUGCCACGUGGCACGACGAUCUAGCGACUCUAAUGGAGGACUCCGGGAUGCGCUACGCGGAGAUGGCGUUUGAUCCGAACGCGUCGGAGUACGCUGUCGGCGCCGGAGAGUACAAUGUUGCUCCUGCUCCGAUCACCGCCGAAGCGGCGGAGGCGGAUGCGAAGAAGCCGGAGGAGAGCUUGAAGGAACAGGUGACGGAGUUCGCCAAGGCCUGGGGAGAAUUGCUUCUGGACUUGGGGAAAGGAUGCAAGGACAUCGCCAAGCAGAAUCUUCUGGACGAGAAUUCGUUCCUGGUUCAGAAGCUUGGGAAGCCAAUUGCGCGAGCCUCGGGUCGAUUGGCUUUCAUGAACGACUGCUUCUUGCCCGAGGAUCGCGACCCGGUCCACGCCUGGCCCGUCGUGUUCUUCGUUUUCUUACUCGCUGUCUCGGCGUUGGGUGUAAAUACUAGAGAUGAAAGUGGAGUCCCGAUUGUAAAGAAAGUGCGAAUACAUCCUCCUAGUGCGAAUCGCGUUAGCCUUCCCGACGGUAGACAGAUAGCGUACUUUGAGCACGGUGUUGCAGCCAGCCGAGCGCGAUUCUCUGUUAUUUCCCCACAUUGUUUCCUUUCCUCUCGACUUGGAGGUUUCUCUGGUGUGGAGACAUCUCUGUUUGAAGAGUUUGGGGUUCGGUUGAUUACAUAUGAUCUUCCAGGUUUUGGAGAGAGUGACCCUCAUCCCAGCAGGAGCCUCAACUCAUCGGCACAAGAUAUGCUUCACUUGGCCGAUGCAGUUGGUCUGGAUGGCAAAUUCUGGGUACUGGGUUUCUCAACUGGAAGCAUGCACUCUUGGGCUGCACUCACAUAUAUCCCUCAUCGGAUUGCCGGUGCUGCGAUGUUUGCCCCGAUGGUAAAUCCAUACGAGCCUAGCAUGACCAAGGAAGAGACUACCAGAACUUGGGAAAAUUGGUCAUCCAGACGAAAGCUAAUGUACUUUCUAGCACGGAGAUUCCCGAGUUUCCUCCCCUAUUUUUACCGACGCAGCUUCUUGUCCGGAAAUCACGGUCAGAUUGAAAAGUGGAUGUCUCAACCACUUGGUAGGAAGGAUGAAAUUCUUGUCAACCAGCCAACAUUCCAAGAGUUUUGGCAUAGAGAUGUUGAGGAGUCGGUUCGCCAAGGGAGGGUGAAGCCAUUCAUUGAAGAGGCAGUGCUGCAGGCUUCAAACUGGGGGUUCAAUCUGGCAGAUCUACAGGUGCGUAGGAGAUGUCAGAAGAGAGGUCUUCUUCUUCGGCUAAGAUCCAUGUUCAAUGAGGCGGAGUGUGAGCUUGUGGGAUUCCUUGGCCCAAUACACAUAUGGCAGGGGGCGAAUGACCAUGUAGUGCCUCCUUCAGUUGCAGAGUACAUUAGCAGGGUUAUACCAGGAGCAACGCUACAUAAGCUGCCAAAUGAAGGCCAUUUUUCUUAUUUCUUCUUCUGCAAGGAAUGCCAUCGUCGGAUAUUCUCAACUCUUUUUGGGGAUGCUCUUGGCCCUCUUGAUGAAAAUGAAGAAGCUAGUGAAUCUCCGUUUGUACUGGGAGCCACUGACAACGAGACCUCUGUCACUAGGUCUUUUGAUUAGUAGUCUCUUGACUACUUUUGACUAGAGGCUUUCUUUGUUGCAACUUGUAAGUAAAGUUAUAGAUCACAGGUUCUGCUCCAAUGAGCUUGCUGAGAACAAUGGGGCCAAAUGUAUCUGCUGAUGGAUUUGCCAGAAAUAUCUCGUUUUGAAUGGUGGUGAAUCCUAGCUAGGAGAGAUUUGGAAAUUUCAGUUUUGCUAAUUUGUCACCGGACAUCUCCAGAAAACGAAUGACGAUUGAGGAGUAAGAGCUAUAAUCUAUUGAUAUGAUUUCUAUGACAGGAGGUUGAAUGAUUAUUAGUAGCUUUGCUUGUCGAUUGUCUGGGCAAUUUCUUCCAUAACGAAACUGCAAAAGCAGACUUGUUCGGCCUAAAAAUCAAACUCAAUUUCGUGUCAUUAACUAGUUAGAUGAACUCUACACUUGCUUUGAAGAAAGGGAUGAAUAAGAUAGCGGAUGGAGGGAUUUCAAAUGUGCAGAGUUUCAGGUUUUACCGUCAAAACACAUAAUGCACAUCAAUCACCCAUCAAUCCAUUUCAAAGAUUAUCUGGGGUUAACUACAGGCUAUAUCCAUCACCCACCAUUCUGUUAUAACUAACAACUCACUACCCGAUCUCGGGGCUCCUUUUACAGAUGAUGAAGCUGAUGUGAGGGGAACACAAUGACAGGGACCCAACAUUCUAUAGUCCCUCCAAUUACAAGAAUGCGAAGCAAAAAAGUUGAACGCGGUGAAAAAUGAUCUGCGGUUCUCAUGUGCGAUGCUGCAACCUGCAAGUACAUUUAACAGCGAAACUCUUCCAAUGGUUAUAAGAAUCUGUCUCGUGUGCCAAGUACGGGGAGGGGUACUAAAAGUGCGCCCCUCAGAAAGCAGAGCCCGAAUUUUUGCCACCAAUCAAGAUGUUCUUGGCUUCAUUUACUUUGUUUGUUAGGUAGCCGCUGCCACCUUGAUCUGGAUGAUUCGCUUUCAUGACCCUCUUAUAAGCAUCCUUCACAUCUUUGACGGGAGUACUUUCCCUGUUUUGGAAGGGCAACAAGAAAGUACAGUUUGUUAGCUAGCUUACCAAAGGCAAAUCUAAUGCUACCUGUAGUAACGAAUGGUGAUUCGUUGAGAUGAAGCGAUUAGCAUCGAUACUAUGAACACAGCACAAGAACAGCUCCUUCACAUAACACACACAUGCAAACAAAACAAUGAUGCACCCCAAAACCCUUAACCAGAAUAACCGACUUAGUACUUUGAGACACAGUUUCUGCGUGGGUAACUCGAGUGACCGAAUAUGGAAGCCCUACAAACACAAGGGUCAUAUAGCAGCAUGACAAUCAUCUCAGCAAGUAUCUGUCUAUUCAGCUAACAAAUGCAUUAAUCAACACCACGUCCAAUC